UUAUAUAUAUUCUUUGUUGAAAGGCCCAAAUUUCUGCUCAAUUAGGGUUUGGGCCCUUCAGAUACUUUUUUUCACCAAAGGUUCAUUUAUUUAUAUACAAUUUUUAAAUCGACGCAGGGAUUUCGAAGAACCAGAGGAUUCGAUGGUGCUAACAAAUUUCAAUGGCGCGGGUGUUGGUUUCGGUUUCGGAAUCGGCUGUGGAUUUGGAAUCGGGUGGGGCUUCGGAGGUAUGCCAUUGAACACCUUCGGCCUCGGAGCAGGUGGUGGCUGUGGUGUUGGUUUGGGGAUCGGAUGGGGAUUUGGGUCAGCUUUCGGUAGUCAGUACCAUAGCUCCUCAUUAACAUUCCAAGGAGUCGAAUUCGAGAACAAAAACAGUGAAGGGAAAGAAUCGAAAAACUUGUUAAAGAACUCUGAGAAAUUAAGUAAAUGAUCUCAUAGAACACUUAGCCUUACUCUUAAGAACUUGGGGAAACAUGAAAAGUAUAUCGAGAAUUUAGCUUUGUUCGAUUGUCAUUUAGUCGCAUUUUCAUUUUACUAUUGUUUCAAGAACAAGAGAACCAUUUUUGUGCUGCUUUUAAUAUGUGCUAGAAGUUCGUCGCCA